AUGCACAUCCAGUGCCCGAAGACAUCACAUCCAGUGAUGACAACAAACACAGUGUCCGACAACUCAUUCAAACAGAUGUCCACUAUUUUAGGACAAAUACAGUUUGCAUUCAACACAUCACUCGAUGCACAUCCAGUGCCCGCAGACAUCACAUCCAGUGAAGACAACAAACACAGUGUCCGACAACUCAUACAAACAGAGGACACAAGAAGUGAACCAAAGAAGACAUUGAAUGGCAAUAAAGCGAAGACAACAACAAAGAGAAGAUAUAAUAAACAAAAGACAAUAUGCGAUGAAUCGGACGAUAAUUCUGACCACAAUUGGGAACAGACUUCAAGUGAUGAAGAAAUGAAUGACAAAAAUGAGAAGAAAAAGAGAAAAUGCGUUCAGAAAAGCGAAAAAAGUGGUGAAAACUCGACGACAGCACCACUGAAGAAGAAAUAUAAAGAGAAGACAACUCUUUCUGCGAAUGGGAAGUGCUUUCGACCGAAAAAUUUUAUCUGCGAUUACAUCGGAUGUGAGAAACAGUUCGCAGAAAAUGAAAAACUUUUGGCACACAUUCGGGUCAGACAUACAAUGGAGCGGCCGUUCGGGUGUGACGUCUGCCACAAGACAUAUCCCACUGAGCGGUAUCUUCGGGCGCACCAGAAGAUGCAUUCGGAGGGCUUUAAGCGCUUCCCGCGAACACCAAAGAAGAAAUAUAAUUACAUUCGGGAAAAAGCUUUUGUCUGUCAUUACAGUGGAUGUGAGCGACGGUUUAGCGAUCGGGAAUACCUUUCGGCUCACAUUCGGAUCACACACACAAAGGAGAGGCCAUUCGAGUGUGACAUUUGCCACAAGACAUUCCCCACUCAGCGGUAUCUAACGAGACACCAGAUGAUACAUACGGACACCGCUAAGCCAUUCGUGUGCUAUUGGGUCGGCUGUGACUACGCCUUCCGUACUAAUCAGUCACUUUCCCAUCACAUCCAAUCACACGAACAGCUUCGGCAAUACGCGUGCGAUGAAUGUGACUCACGGUUUAACCUCAAGAGGAGUCUACAGGCCCACAAGAAUACGGUGCACUCGACUGCCCGGCCGUACACUUGCGAUUGGCCCGCGUGUGAGGCCACGUAUAAGGACUUAAAUAUGCUUAAGCGUCACAAAGAGACACAUCUGGGAGUCAAACAGUAUGUCUGCGAUAGAGAGGGUUGUGGUAAAGGGUUUGUCACUAAUCAUCAUUUAAAGCAACACAAACGCCAACACUCUCUGCCAUUUGUGUGCAGUUGGCCCGCAUGUGACCGACGCUAUCCCUCCAAUAACCGACUCCAGGACCACAUGAACUCACAUCAGGGCCUACGAGUGGUCGAGUGUCCGGUCGAGGGUUGCGAUAAGACAUUCACAUCCAAACCCUGUGCGCGACAACACUUAAGACAAGUCCACAAAUAUAAGACCACUGAAGGACUCAUACCUAUCAAGAAAUAA